AUGAUUUUGGAGAAAUCAGAUGAGUCUAAUAACAUAUAUGAAGACCUGAUUGACAAAAUGUCAGAGAAUAUGAUUGACUCUAGUGACCAGGUGUCAGGAGUUAGUGAAGAAACUCUGAUGAGAUUAGAGAUUGUAAAACUUCAGCAAGAAGUUAAAAUGAUGAGAGCUAGCAAAGAGACACUAAUUAUCAAUGCUAACAGCAAUAAAAUGAGUGAAGAUCUUGCAAAUUAUCUAUAG